UUUUGUGUUUUGAAUAUUUAUAAAUAAUAUCAAAUGAAUGAUGAAUUGAUAGCUAAAGUAAUUGAACAACUAAAUAUAGAGUUUGGUAGUGAUGUUGAGAAUUUGAGUAAGGCUGAAGAAGUAUACAGUAGACUACAGGAUGAUAAAGAAAAAUAGAAAACACGCUUUCUUCAGUGAGCAGCGAAGUACCAUCACAAGUUACAGCCGUCAUCAAAGACGUUGAAAAUGUCUGUAAGAAUAUUGAAAACUACAACAACGAGUAUCAAACUCUUGAAUCCAAUUUCAACAGUACCAAACUUGAAGUUGAAGACAUGGUAGCAAACUUACAGAAAUAUGUUAGCAAGAUAGAUGAGCUUGAACGACUGAAACUCUACUUGAAAAACAUCCAGGCUAUUGAAAUUAUCAAUCAAGAACUAGACGAUUCUCUGAAUGAAGAGGAUGACGAUCAAGCUCUAUUGGAAUUUGUACGUCUUUGUAAGCUGUGUUCACGACUUCACAAAUCAAAAUGCACUCACCUCGUCUCGUUUAUCAGAGAAACCGUACAUUAUUGGCACAAUCGACUCAAGGACAAAUACUCUAAACAAUUCGAAGAAGUUCUGAAGUCGAUCAGUUGGCCAAUGGUGGGAAGCAAUAUUUUGGCACCAGUUAUCAACUCGGCCGAUAAACUGCAACCUAUCGCCAAAUAUCUCCUGAAAAUUGAACUGCCUGACGAACUGCAACAGAAACCAGUGGUGCGGUCAUCGGUGCUGGUGACUUGCGGUGUUCCACUUCCUCUGCCCAUCACUCUGCUGGUGCGGCCUCUCAGGAAGCGGUUUGUCUACCAUUUCUGCGGCAGCAAACAAACAAACCGGCUCGACAAACCUGAAUGGUUCUUCACACAAGUUCUAACGUGGAUAAGAGAUCACGAGCAAUUUGUAAGCCAAUGGAUACAACCGGUAUUCAAUGAACUUGGAAUGACUGUAGAUGCUAGGGUGGAGUUCAUCAGAGGACUAGUGCAGCUUACUCUGGAGAAACUAGACUCAGAUCUGCCGUCGCUCCAGUACGAUGAUGCCCUGUUCUCGCACGCUGUCGACGAAACGCUCGGAUUGACAAAGAGCUCAAGGAGUCGUUCAGUUAUCCCGAGGGUCUGCUUCUGCCGUCACCAUUCUCACACAGCGCAGAUAUCCUACGUUGGACGCAUCUCGAGAAAAAGUUUGCCGAGAGAAAUGGACGCUAUGUUGAAUUCGGAGACGGCGUGGCAACCAUUCAGUGGGACAGAGGAGGAUCUCCUCAAAGUGACGGAGAUAGGAGAAGCUUUCUUGACCCUACUUAGCACAGUCACUGAUCGAUACCAAAACUUACCUCAGCCUGGACAUAGGUUACAAUUCUUGGAUCUGCAACUGGAGCUGAUUGAUGAUCUGCGUGUUCGGCUGAUCCAGUUGCUGCACUCGGAACGCAGCAAUCCGUUCGACUCCAAUCUGACCGCCAUCUUGAACACGGCCUUCUACAUUAUGACCGCCCUCGAAGAAUGGGGUACCACUCCUCAUUUCCUGAUGUUGCAACACUACAAAUGCCAGCUGGAAACAGUUGGAAAGACAGACCUGACUAAAGUGCAGAUCGCUGCCAUGCAACACGGAUCGGUGUUCGAGGGGAGCAUCCAGCUGCUGAAUCGGAUUGUGGAUGACCUUUUGGAUACAGUUUGCGAAGCAGUCAUGCUUGAAACGAAGGCUAGAAGUCGUGGCUACAGGCGAGAUCGGUAUCCUUGA